AUGGCUGUUUCGGCUAUCACUGGAGCGAGGCUAACCCUAGGGAUGCCUCUUUCCUCUCCCGCACUAACACGCAGAACAACUUCUCCUUCGCUCGUUAUGGCCGUCUCCAUUGACCACAAGGUCGACAACAAACUCACUCUUACCAAGUCCGAGGAGGCUUUCGCUGCUGCCAAGGAGCUGUUGCCUGGAGGUGUGAACUCCCCAGUCCGUGCCUUCAAAUCGGUAGGUGGUCAACCAAUUGUGAUUGAUUCAGUUAAAGGGUCUCGCAUGUGGGACAUCGAUGGAAAUGAAUACAUUGACUACGUCGGUUCUUGGGGUCCUGCCAUUAUUGGACACGCUGAUGAUCAGGUGCUUGCAGCUCUGGGUGAAACCAUGAAAAAAGGAACCAGCUUUGGUGCACCCUGUUUGUUGGAAAACACUUUGGCUGAGCUGGUUAUCGAUGCCGUCCCUAGCAUUGAAAUGGUUCGGUUUGUCAAUUCAGGCACGGAAGCUUGUAUGGGUGCGCUCCGUCUUGCACGUGCUUAUACAGGACAAGAGAAGAUCAUCAAGUUUGAGGGGUGUUAUCAUGGCCAUGCAGAUCCUUUUCUUGUUAAGGCUGGCAGUGGAGUUGCCACCUUAGGACUUCCUGAUUCCCCUGGUGUCCCCAAAGCUGCCACGUAUGAGACCCUUACAGCCCCCUACAAUGACAUCUUGGCCGUUGAGAAGCUCUUUGAGAAUAACAAAGGAGAAAUUGCCGCUGUUUUCCUGGAACCUGUUGUUGGAAACGCUGGUUUCAUUGUUCCUACACCUGAAUUUCUUAAUUUCUUGCGCAAAAUCACCAAAGAGAACAAUACCCUUCUUGUGUUUGAUGAAGUUAUGACCGGAUUUCGAUUGUCAUAUGGAGGUGCUCAAGAGUAUUUUGGUAUAACUCCUGAUUUAACAACUCUUGGAAAGAUUAUUGGUGGAGGUUUGCCCGUGGGCGCUUAUGGUGGGAGGAGGGAUAUCAUGGAGAUGGUGGCACCAGCUGGCCCAAUGUACCAGGCUGGGACCUUGAGUGGGAACCCUUUGGCCAUGACUGCAGGCAUACAUACCCUGCAGCGUAUUAAGGAGCCAGGAACUUACGAGUACUUGGACAAAGUCACAGGUGAGCUUAUUCAGGGCAUAAUUGAAGCUGGGAAGAGGGCAGGCCAUGCAAUAUGUGGUGGGCAUAUAAGUGGGAUGUUUGGUUUUUUCUUCACAGAAGGACCUGUGUAUAAUUUUGCAGAUGCCAAGAAGAGUGACACUGCCAAAUUUGCUAGGUUCUUUUGGGGAAUGCUGGCAGAAGGUGUCUAUUUGGCACCAUCCCAGUUUGAGGCUGGCUUCACCAGCUUGGCACAUACAUCUGAUGACAUUAAAAAGACAAUAGCCGCUGCUGAAAAAGUUUUCAGAGAGAUUUGAAUGAUAAAUUUUGUUUCGUUGAAAAAUUUAGAGAAUGAAUUUUGUAGGUCACUUUAGAUUAUUGUUAUGGCAAUUGUUUUCGUUUGUAUCUGUAUUAUUUUCCAGUCCUGUAUCUACCCAGUGUAUUAUCUUGAGCUGUAAGUCACUUGAAUUUGAAGCUUGUAAGCAUUCGAAUUCAUUGUUUAACUCCUAAUUCUGGUGCCAUGUUUUAUGUUGUUUUAGGCGUGUAUUUUGGCUAUGCAUUACAUAUCAGGAUA